AUGAUAUAUCUAAAGACCAUUUUAAAAGUUAUUGAUAAUUCUGGUGCCCAACUAGCAGAAUGCAUUAAAGUGCUUGGUAAAGGUUCACCUAAGAGCCCAGGAAAAGUUGGUGAUAAGAUCGUUUGUGUUGUACAGAAGGCCAAACCGUUAAAUCAGGCAAUCACCGGGCAAUCUAACACGAAUAGAGUUAAGAGGGGUGAUAUUGUACGUGCUGUGAUUGUUCGUACAAAGCAGAGAAAUAUGAUCCGUCGAGAUGGCUCGACAAUAUCGUUCAGUGAUAAUGCAUGCGUUUUGUUAAAUAAGACUACUGGUGAACCAUUGGGAACAAGAAUUAUGGCAAAUGAUGGUGUGGUAGACAGAGCAUUGGUAGACAAGGGCUAUAGUAAAAUAUGUGCUCUAGCAAGCAGGAUUCUAUAA